UGAACAAAUUUGCCCAGAGAAAAAAAGGUGAAAAAAUGUAAAUAAAUGUAAAACUGCUAAUAAUUUACUAAAGAACAAAACGGAAAAACUGUUACUAAGGAAAAUGAAAUUUCUAAUUGUAAUGCUGGUUCUCGUUUCCCAUGGCGAGGGCUGUAUGCUUUCGAAAAAGACUGGACGUGGAAUUGGAGAUGACAUCGUCACCAAGAUCGACGACGAUAACUGGAUGCUGUUGCUCAAGGACGAGUGGCUGUUCCUGCUCUGUCCGGGAACCCAGACGGACUGCCAGGACCUGAACCUGAACCUCUACAGGCUGGCCACCGGUUUGGAAACCUGUCUAUGUGUGGGAGUGGCCUUUGCCGAUCUCUCCAUGCCGUCGGCGCUGCGCCGACGCUUUUCGGCCUUCGACGGUGAGACCCUGUACCUGUACCAUGUCAUCGAUGGGCACUUCCGUCCGCUGAGCUCCGCUCAGGACCACGUGUCCUUGCAAAAUCUCCUCAGCGACGAGGAAUGGAAGAAGAUUCGCCCAGUGCCGUUCUGGAAGCAUCCCACAUCCACUCGGAUCGGCCUUUCGGUACUCGCCUAUAGGCUUACCUCGGGUUACAGUGGCACGUGUUAUAGGGUUGCCACCUACAUCAUUUCCUUUCUGAUUGCCGGCAUUCUGACCUAUGGCGGGUAUGCCAUUUACAUCCUAUGGUAUACGAUCUCCUGCAGGGAUAACUCCAACAAGAAGCCUGCUCAUGAGAAGAUAAAAUGGAUGAAGGUUGAUGGGUAUCAGGAAUUGGACGAAAAUACAACGGUGAAAGUGCAUAUACUUUCAUAAUAAUUUGGAAUUAUUAAAAAUCAUCAAGACUUUUGCAAUUUCAAACUUUAUAGCGCAGAGC